CUCCACCCCACCUCUUCCUCCUCCUCGAGGCUCGAGCUGCCACCGCCAUUGGAGCGCCACGCCACGACACGCGCCACCGCCGCAGAGGAGAGAGAGAGAAAAUCCGGAGGCAGGCGGCUUGGUGUGGGUUGAUGGGCGCGGCGGGGGCGAUGGAGAGGGAGCUCCUGGAGGCGUUCGAGGCGGCGAGGAAGGCGGCGGACGCGGUCGGGGAGGCGGCGGCGGCGGCCGGGGCCGGGGAAGGGGAGUCGCCGGAGGCCGCGCGCUGCGUCGACGCGCUGCGGAGGCUGCGCGGGGCUCGCGUCACCACCGCCGCCCUCGUCUCCACUCAGAUCGGCAGACGUAUUCGCUAUCUCACCAAGCAUCCUCACUCAAGCAUAAAAGCAACAGCUUCAGACCUGUUAGGACACUGGAAAAAGGUUGUCAUUGAAGAAGACAAGAAAAAUGGGGCACUGCAGAAUGGAAAAUCGAGUUCUACUGUGGUAAAGGUUGAGAAGGUGGAGCCUAUGAAAGUUGAAAAGGCAUCACCAAGGGCUACUGUCAAUAAUAAUAAUAUGGAUACCAGAGUUGUGAACCACAAAGGUGGAAAGGUUGAGAAGUUUUCUAAUGCUGAGCUGAGAACCCAAUCUAUCAAGGUUGAGAAAGUACAAAAGGUAGUUCACAAAGUAUCUUCUGUUGAGAAGCCGUCUCCUGUCCAAGGUGGUCCUCCAAGACUGACAUCCGUUGUUAAAUGUGGUGAUGCUAGUCGAGACAGAAUUCGGGCGAUACUUGGUGAUGCCUUCUCCAGAGUUUCUGAAGAGACUAGAAAGGAUGACAGGGAGGAAGUGAGGAACAUCAUAGAAGAAGUAAAAGCAUGUGACCCAUUCAGGAUUGCUGUGAUGGUAGAGUGUGCCUUGUUUCAGAAGCUGGGGAAUUUUAAUGGACCUAAUAAGCAAAGGUACAGAUCAUUGAUGUUCAAUCUGAAGGAUGAUCACAACACAGACUUCCGGAGAAGGGUUCUUCUAGGACAAGUGCAGCCUGAGAGAAUUGCUGACCUAACCCCGACAGAAAUGGCUAGCGACACCAGGAAGCUUGAGAACAAGAAGAUCGAGGAGAAGGCUCUGUUCGAGUGCGAGCGUGGAGGAGCACCGAAGGCCACCACUGAUCAGUUCAAGUGUGGCAGGUGCGGCCAGCGCAAGACUACCUACUACCAGCUCCAGACUCGGAGCGCCGACGAGCCGAUGACGACGUUCGUGACCUGCGUGAACUGCAACAAUCACUGGAAGUUCUGCUAAGCUAGGCACAUCCUACUGAGAAGUGUUAGUGUAGUUGACCCUGGAGUUUGACAGGCAGGUUAGUUUCGGGCCCUGCUUAUCUGGGCCCGUUUCAUCUUUUUUCCCCUUAAGUUAGCUUGUUCCGAAUUCGAUUUGUUCUAGUGCCAUUUGACUGCAUAAUGGCCGGCCGUUGGGCUUGCAUUGUCAGGCUACUGCUGUUGUACUUAUCAGUCUUGUUUAUUGUACCAUUGGAUGCAAUAAUGCCAUAAUGGUCAUGCUCAUGAGCUGAAGUUUUCACCUGUCGUGUAA